AGGGAAUAUAAAAGCGCCAGACUUCUACCCAACUGCUUGUCACACUGACCUGUACCAUCUCUACUGCUCGUGGGGUUUCUGUCAACUAGUACUGGAAGGGAGCAAACUUGUUGGAGAAUAACAUUUUAUUGUGGCCAUGCCAGAACCCACUAAGAAAGAGGAAAAUGAAGUGCUGGCCCCAGCACCAGCUCCACCGCGGGAAGAACCGAAUAAAGAGAAGGAGGCCAGAACUUCACCAGCAAAAGAUGAAGAGGAAGCCUCCCCGCCUAGUGCCCUGCCUCCAGGUUCGGGUAGUCGGGCCCUGGAAAGAAAAGAUUCAGAAUGGUCUGUUGGUGAAUCACCAUCAGGGGAGGAGCAGGAUAAGCAGACUGCCAACAGUCAGCUGUCCACCCUGUUUGUGGAAAAGCCUCAAGGUGGAACAGUGAAAGUUGGUGGAAAUAUCACCUUUAUAGCCAAAGUCAAGGCUGAAGAUCUUCUUAGAAAGCCCACUAUCAAAUGGUUCAAAGGGAAAUGGAUGGACCUGGCCAGCAAAGCUGGGAAGCACCUCCAGCUGAAGGAAACCUUCGAAAGGCACAGUCGGGUGUACACAUUUGAGAUGCAGAUCAUCCAGGCUAAAGAGAACUAUGCAGGAAACUACAGAUGCGAGGUCACCUAUAAGGAUAAGUUUGACAGCUGUUCCUUCGAUCUUGAAGUACAUGAAUCUACUGGGACUACUCCAAACAUUGACAUCAGAUCUGCUUUCAAGAGAAGUGGAGAAGGUCAAGAGGAUGCAGGGGAACUUGACUUUAGUGGCCUCCUGAAACGUAGGGAGGUGAAACAGCAGGAGGAAGAACCUGAGAUAGACGUGUGGGAGCUGCUGAAGAAUGCGAAACCCAGCGAGUACGAGAAGAUCGCCUUCCAGUACGGCAUCACUGACCUGCGCGGGAUGCUCAAGCGGCUCAAGCGCAUGCGCAGAGUGGAAAAGAAGAGCGCAGCUUUUGCAAAAAUUCUCGAUCCUGCAUAUCAGGUUGAUAAAGGAGGCAGGGUAAGAUUUGCUGUGGAACUGGCGGAUCCAAAGUUGGAGGUGAAAUGGUAUAAAAAUGGUCAAGAAAUUCGACCCAGUACAAAAUACAUCUUUGAACAUAAAGGAUGUGAAAGAAUCAUGUUUAUCAAUAACUGUGUGCUAACAGAUGAUUCAGAGUAUUAUGUGACAGCUGGUGAUGAGAAAUGCUCCACUGAGCUCUUUGUGAGAGAGCCUCCAGUUAUAGUGACCAAACAGCUGGAAGAUACAAGAGCGUACUGUGGGGACAGAGUGGAAUUAGAAUGUGAGGUGUCUGAAGAUGAUGCCCAUGUAAAAUGGUUUAAGAAUGGUGAGGAAAUCAUCCCUGGUCCAAGAUCAAGACACUACAUUAAAGUUGAUGGCAAAAAACACAUUUUGGUCAUAGAAGAAGCAACAAAGGCUGAUAGUGCAGAAUAUUCUGUAAUGACAACAGGAGGACAGUCAUCCGCUAAACUUACUGUUGACUUAAAACCUCUGAAGAUACUGACGCCUCUGACUGAUCAGACUGUAAAUCUUGGAAAGGAAAUCUGCUUGAAGUGUGAAAUAUCUGAAAACUUAUCAGGAAAAUGGACUAAAAAUGGCCUCCCCAUUCAGGAGACUGACCGUCUAAAGAUUGUUCACAGGGGAAGAAUCCACAAAUUAGUGAUAGCCAAUGCUCUCGUUGAGGACGAAGGUGAUUAUGUAUUUGCACCAGAUGCCUACUCUGUUACUUUGCCUGCCAAAGUUCAUGUUAUUGAUCCUCCGAAGAUCAUACUGGAUGGUCUUGAUGCUGACAAUACAGUGACAGUAAUUGCAGGAAACAAGCUUCGUCUAGAGAUUCCCAUCAGUGGAGAACCACCUCCUAAAGCCAUUUGGAGCCGAGCAGAUAAGGCUGUUAUGGAGGGCAGUAGCCGAAUAAGAACUGAAAAUUACCCUGACAGCACCACUCUGGUUAUUGAUGUAGCAGAAAAAGAUGAUUCUGGUGUUUACCACAUAAAUCUGAAAAAUGAAGCUGGGGAAGCACAUGCAGCCAUCACGAUUAAAGUUGUGGAUGUCCCUGAUCCUCCAGUGGCGCCGAAUGUGACACAUGUGGGAGAUGAGUGGUGCAUCAUGAACUGGGAGCCUCCUCUCUAUGAUGGAGGGUCCCCAAUCUUAGGUUACUUCAUUGAGAGGAAAAAGAAGCAAAGCUCCAGGUGGAUGAGGCUGAAUUUUGAUCUCUGCAAAGAAACAACCUUUGAGCCCAAGAAUAUGAUUGAAGGUGUGGCCUACGAGGUCCGCAUCUUUGCCGUCAAUGCCGUUGGCCUCUCCAAGCCCAGUAUUCCCUCCAAACCUUUUGUUCCAUUGGCUGUAACCAGCCCACCUACUCUUUUGGCUGUUGACUCUGUAACUGACACCACUGUCACAAUGAAGUGGCGGCCCCCCGACCAGAUUGGUGCAGCAGGUUUAGAUGGCUAUGUGCUAGAGUAUUGCUUUGAAGGAACUGACAACUGGAUAGUUGCAAACACAGAGCUGAUCGAGAAGACCAAGUUCACCAUCACAGGUCUGCCAACGGAUGCAAGGAUCUUUGUGCGCGUGAAAGCUGUGAACGCUGCUGGUGCCAGCGAUCCCAAGUACUACUCUCAGCCCAUCCUUGUGAAAGAAAUCGUAGAGGCUCCAAAGAUUCGCAUCCCAAGGCACCUAAAGCAAACCUAUAUCCGCAGAGUUGGAGAAGCCAUCAAUCUGGUUAUACCUUUCCAGGGAAAACCAAGACCAGAAGUAACUUGGAAGAAAGAUGGUGCACCUAUUGAUAAGAAUCAGAUCAACAUUCGCAACUCUGAGACCGAUACAAUCAUAUUUAUCAGAAAAGCAGAGAGGAGCCAUUCUGGGAAAUAUGAUCUGCAGGUCAAAGUGGAAAAAUACGUGGAAACUGCAUCCAUUGAUAUCCAGGUUGUUGACCGUCCGGGUCCACCCCAAGUUGUGAAGAUCAACGAUGUCUGGGGAGAGAAUGUUGCUCUAUCAUGGAUACCACCAAAGGAUGAUGGAAAUACUGCCAUUACAGGGUACACGAUCCAAAAGGCCGACAAGAAGAGCAUGGAGUGGUUCACUGUCAUUGAGCAUUAUCACCGAACCAGUGCCACCAUUACUGAACUGGUUAUCGGAAAUGAGUAUUACUUCCGGGUCUUUGCUGAAAACAUGUGCGGCCUCAGUGAGGAUGCAACAAUGACAAAAGAGAGUGCCGUGAUUGCCAAGGAUGGUAAAAUCUACAAAAAUCCAGUGUAUGAAGACUUCAAUUUCACAGAGGCACCCAUGUUUACUCAGCCAUUGGUCAACACCUACGCUAUAGCUGGUUACAAUGCCACCCUGAACUGCAGUGUGAGAGGAAAUCCUAAGCCCAAAAUUACCUGGAUGAAAAACAAAGUUGCUAUUGUGGAUGACCCAAGAUACAGGAUGUUCAGCAACCAGGGAGUCUGUACUCUGGAGAUUCGAAAGCCCAGCCCCUAUGACGGAGGCACCUACAGCUGCAAGGCAGUCAAUGACCUUGGGACAAUGGAGAUUGAAUGCAAACUGGAGGUGAAAGUUGUAGCACAGUAAGGAUUUUUGAAUGUAUAUUAUCAUCUAAGGUGGUCUUUCCUUCUGCAGGCUCCUCUUGCAAGGUGUGCCUCCUAGCGUAAUUGAUUCAUACUUGCGAGACUUGCACUCAAGCAAUCCUGAGGAAUACUAAGGGCCUGGGCACUGCCGCUCUGCUCAUCACUGCUUUGAAAUCGGGUUGCAAUGAGAAAGCAUUUUCUGUUUUGCUCCCAGGCUCCCAAGUGUGGUUGUUUUCUUUCCUCCUGAUGUUGAAGAAAAAAAAAAAGAUGUUUGCACAGAUUGCUUAAUUAAAAAUUGCAAACAAAAUCUCAUUUGAAGUUA